UGUUAGCAGAAGAUACUUAAUUCCUCUAUACCCUUCGUCCAUCCACACAUUUCUUUCCACAUUCUCCCUCUUGUUAACAUAUUAUUACUUGAGUUUGAAUUAAUAGAACAUCCUUCACAUUCCUGUCGCUUCGUCAUACUCACCUCGCUUACCUUUCAUAUAUAUCUUCUAUUCCACAAGCUUCCUUAACGAAUAACGAACAUAUAAGUACACCUAUUGUAACUCACAACACAUACCUCCACAUCUAGUUACACUUCUGUCCCGUCUGCCUCACUUGAUAUAAAACAAAUCACUUUUAUACAUACACAUACACGUACUACCUUUCACGAACAUAUAUCUUACGGAUCAAUUCAAGGAAGUCCUAGAACAAGUGAGAAACUUCUCUUCGUUUUGAUAUCAACUCGAUAACACUAAGUCAAUCGGGUCUUGGAGGACAGGUCCUACCUCAGCACAUCCGACCCGAAGUUCAAAGUUCAUCGUCACAAUGUGCGUGACACAUAUCUAUACCGAUUGUUACCCCAACCGAACAGUCGAAUUUCACCAAACAAUAGUCUGUUCAGAUUCGAAAGAUGGGAUCUCCUGCCCUGCUCAUAUCACCAAUGAACAUCCUCCUCGGACUCUCAAAUCCAAUGAUGAACGCUCUAGCAAAGAAUAUAUCGACCAAGGACUACAAGUACCUUCUACAUCCAAACCUUCACCUCAUAAAUCCGCAACUGCAACUACAUAUCGUUACUCUCAAGGUGACAAGAAAGAUAAACCUUCCGGUCGAGAACCUCGUCUUCCUUGUGAUUGAAGAGUGCUUUAGUCUCAGCUUUUACACCACGUCGCAAGUCCCAAAGAACGUAUCGUUAUCGUCGAUGCACCGGAUAGUCCACAAGGCUCCAAGGCUCUUCAGAAAAUGCUCCAGAUUCUCCCGCAACUGAAGAAUUUCAAUCUAAGACUCAAUCGAGCAUGCUCAUCGAAAAUCAGCUAGAAAGACGUGGUCCUAAUCACAGUCUCAAUCCUGU